UCCCGCCCUUCCAGAGCAUUCCUGGAUUUGUCUGAGGUAAGUGUCGUGUCGGAGGGCGGUUCUCUACUUUUUGCGAUUUAAAAGACGAUUUUUACCCCAAAGUCUGGCUACCACAUCAGUUUUUUAUCAGCAAAAACGACCUUUCGAUCAUUCUCUGGAUUUCCACCGCCAGUUACUCGUUUUCUCUAACGUCUCUUUGUGCUGUUGUUUCGUUUCAGGUCUGAGUCGGUCUCAGUGAAGAUCUGGCGUCGAGGAUUUUUCAACUGUGCGAAGAUCAAACCCCAAAAAACUAAAUUUUUCUACUCGAGUAACGGACAUUCGCUUACUACUACUUUUUUUUGCUCCAGAUUGUUCAAGAAGGAAAAGCUCAAUUUCAGCCACCACAAUCCCGCCCAUUAUGCCAUUUUUCAGCCAAUAAUGCUAAAGUCAUGACAGUUUACGUUCUCUUAAACUGUUAAAAAGCUGAAAAUUGUUGCUGUUAAGCACAAUAUAUUAAUAGCAACCCGAGACGCAGAGGAGAGGUUUUAAUAGUAAGUGUUCUUUCAAACCAAUUUGAAUCGAAGCUACGUAACAGUUGAGCAGUUGUCUGUGUUGAAAGUGAUUCCAGAUAUAAAUAGAGAUUAUAUGUACCGAGCGUGGCGACCUAAAUGCGCCACGGUUUCUAGAAGCAGACAGCAUGCUGAGAUAAAGCGAGACUAGUGUAUGAGCUCACACCGCAAAGCCGAGCAGCAGCUUCAACGCCCUGCUCCUCUUUGUGUGUGAGACGGAGCAAUCCUAAUGAUUAUUAAAGUACCGAUAAACCAUCGAAUAAUAAGCUAGCCAUCGCUAGUCAUAAGCAAUCUGUACAUAAAGAUUGCCAUAGGCAGAGUCAGGAAGUGACAGCAUUUAAUUUGGGCUUUUUAUAAACUGCAUUCUUUUCAGAGGAGAGCUCACUGGAACAAUCAACGCAAUCUGCACAUAAAGAUUGCCGAGUGGCGCCUGUGGAUUUAGCCGAACGGGGGAAAAAAAAGACUGAAAUGCAACUUUUUAUUCAUAAUAAUGUCGUUAGGUGUUUUUUAGUUGGCGGAACUGGAUACCGUUGAGCUAGUUUGGUGAAAUAAACCUCCCUAGGCAGUGAUAAUUUAUAAAAAUGCAUAGCAAUCUGACUAUAAAGAUUGCUUUUUUUUGUAUUGAGUGCGUAACGUUAGGGUAUUAUUUGUCUUGUCGACUUUGCUUUAAAAAUGGCGGACGGGUUGUCUUUUGCUCGGAUCACUCGAGGCAAUGGUGGCUUUGUUUUUCUGACUGGAUCUACGGGAAACGCUGUAGCUCGGAACGGCUGUCUCGCGUCGCCAUCAUCACCGUAUACAGCUCGAGGUAUCGUCUUAAUAUCCGUGAGUCGCUAGCGGGGUAAAUAUAGUAGCGCUCUUUAAACGAGCGAGACGAAUGCUAGGCGGGGGAAACAUAGCCGUUGUGUUUUUAAAAACUUGUUGGAAUUCAAAGAUGGCGACCGGGCAACCGUUCUGUCGAGUGCAGCGCGUACCCGAAGGCAAGUGGCGAAAGCUAGUGGGCGUGGUUUAUCUAUGGCUUCAGCCAACCAGAGGAGCCGCUGUCAGCUGCUAUAUGAGAGAGGGAGACUUCGACAGAUGGCGAAUCAAAUCCUCCUGUGGCCACUAUUGAGCAGAUGCAGAAAUUCAUAUCACCGGCCUUUAGUCAGAACAACACUGGAUGCUUUGUGUUGACGAGUUCUAACACAAAACCUUUGGGCAAUUAGCUUAAAGAUGUCAGUUGUCCAUGUAACACUGGAUUAAAAAAAGUGAAAUAAGCAGCUAUGGCCGUGGGCCCGGUGGACCCCAGAGAGGUGCUGAAAGGAGUUGAAGCUCUGCUGGGGAAAGAUGGAGAGCUACGAAGCCUUGAGGGAGUUGCUAAAGUCUUCAGUCUCAUGAAGGCCUCGCAUAAAAUGGUCAGCAGAUGCAUGUAUCUGAACAUCUUACUGCAGACAAAAUCACAUGAUGUACUUAAUCGUUUCAUUCGAGUUGGAGGCUACAAGUUGUUGAACUCUUGGCUCACCUACUCAAAGACCACCACCAACACCCCCCUGCUGCAGCUCAUACUGCUCACCCUGCAGAAACUCCCCCUGACUGUGGACCACCUCAAACAGAACAACACAGCCAAGCUGGUGAAACAUCUGAGCAAGAGCGGCGAGACAGAAGAGCUGAGGAAGCUGGCGUCAGUGCUGGUGGAAGGCUGGAUGGCUAUUAUUCGCUCUCAGAGCGUCUCCAGUGCAGCAUCACCCAAUGACAAGAAACGGAAAAAGGAGGAUGGAAAAGCGCGUCCAGAGGUGAAGCCCAGAGAAAAGGCAGCAGAUGAGGAGAAGAAGAAAGACAAACCAAAAGCUUAUGCUCCAAGUCACGCAAAGAUCCGUUCUACAGGUUUGGAGGUAGAGAGUCCAGCUCCAGUUCCUGUAAAGAAAACCCCCCCUGCACCACAACUUGGAGACAAAUACAACAUCAAGCCAGCGGUUCUUAAAAGACCAAACACAUCGCCGACUGACGCACCACCAGUGGAGAAGAAGUACAAGCCCCUUAACACCACCCCCAACUCUGCCAAAGAGAUCAAAGUCAAACUUAUACCCCCACAGCCGAUGGAAGCCACUGGAUUUUUGGAUGCCCUCAACUCCGCUCCAGUGCCUGGCAUCAAGAUCAAGAAAAAGAAAACAAAAGCAGUUUCCCCUACCACUAACAAGCCCUGUCCGUUUGACAACAGGCCACAGUCAUACUCGGGCACACAGGCCAAACCGUCUUCCCCUGAGACGCCCUCAUCUCAGACUCCCCCUCAUGAGAACAAAAACAAGAACCAGACCAGCACGCCACUCCCCCGCACCGAGGACCCUGAUGCCAUGGAAACCGGUGAUAAACCCAAUGCUCUGGCUGAACCUCGCGGUGAGGAGGAGAGUCUGACUAAGAAAGGAAAGAAAAAGAAAAGUGUUCGUUGGGCGGAAGAGGAUCAUCUCAAAGAAUACUUCUACUUUGACCUGGAUGAGACUGAGAGAGUGAAUGUUAAUAAAAUUAAGGACUUCGGUGAGGCGGCUAAACGGGAGCUGAUGAUGGACAGGCAGACGUUUGAAAUGGCUCGUCGUCAUUCUCACGACACCAUGGAGGAGAGGGUGCCCUGGACUCUUCCGCGACCCUUGACCCUCGUAGGCAGUCUGGUCAUUCCAGGUUCCAGCAGCAGAGAGAAGAUGACCCAGAGAGACCGAGAGAUGGGCAUUCUGCAGGAGAUCUUCCUCAGCAAAGAGAGUGUUCCAGACAGUCCUCAUGAGCCAGACCCUGAGCCGUAUGAGCCCAUGCCUCCUCGUCUCAUCCCAUUGGAUGAGGACAGCAGUAUGGAGGAGAAUUACAUGGAGCCGGCUGAGGCUGCUGCCUCUGGUGGCUCUUCAGGCUCUAAUGAAGGCUCCAAGCUGCCUCCUGUUCUAGCUAACCUCAUGGGAAGUCUGGGCAACAGCGGCCGCAGCCCUCAGGCGCAAGGCAACGCCCCACCAGCCAAUAAUAACCCUGCUGUUAAUGUGCAGGAACUACUCUCAUCUAUUAUGGGUGCUCAGGGAUCUAAUCAGUCUCCAGAGGACCUGAUCAAACAGCCUGAUUUCUCAGAUAAGAUCAAGCAGCUUUUGGGUUCCCUGCAACAGAACCAGAACCAGAAUCAGAACCAGCCUGCUAAUGCUCCGCCAAUGAACACGGGUCUGCUUGGCCAUGGCCCCGGCAUGAACAUGAACAACAUGAACAACAUGCCGAUGCCCAUGAAUGGGGGUUUCCCUCCAAACAAGCCCCCUGGACCACAUUUUAACCAUCCUCCUCCUCCUCCUCCCCACGGCCAUGGACCACCUUUUAACCCCGGUGGCCCACGCAUGAUGGGUCCUCCGCCCGGUCCACAGGGCCGCGGGGCGGACAAUGGCAACUACUGGGGCGACGACUCCAUGAGAGGAGGCCCACACCGGGGAGGACACUUCCACCGGGGCAGAGGGAGAGGAGGAGACCCAGGCUUCAGAGGACGAGGUGGACGCGGAGGACCACGUGGGGGACACAACAACAUGGGCGACAUGUCAAAGAGGCCAGUGUGUCGCCAUUUCAUGAUGAAAGGAAAUUGUCGGUAUGAAAAUAACUGUGCGUUUUACCACCCCGGUGUAAACGGCCCACCGCUUCCUCCCCAGCACGGACACUAACACACUGAAAACUGCUGUUCCUUGAACUCACCACUAGUGGGCAACAGGACUCGAAAUGAGCCUCGUGUACAGGAACUGAAACGGGAUGUUUGCGUCUGUGACGGCACAAUCCCACCUACUUCCUCCGACUGUACAGUUGCUUCAUCAGGAUCUGAACAUUAAUAGUUUCUUCUCCAUUUUACACUAAUUCCCCUCAUCUGGAAAGCUGUGAGAAGAUCUGAGAUCCUCUAUGACGAGUCAGACAGUGUCUAAACACAUUACUUGAUUCUGCGGCCUACAUGUAAAUAGUGAUUCCUGGAGAUGGAGAUUGAUAUGUAUAUUUUUAUUGUGAUUCUGUGUAUUACUGACCUGACUGCUAAAGAUUGUACUACAUAACUGUAACCACUAGGACAAGGUGUAAAUAAUGGUCUUCAGCCAGUGGUGUACAGUGACUUAAGCUUCUCCUGGUGGCCAAAACACAAGAUACUGGAUGUGCAGUUUUCAAAAUUAUAAUCAGCACGUCAGUUAUUAGUGCAACUCAGAUUUGCGUAAUGAAAUGUGCACUUCCAAAAGAUAUUAGAGCACAGAAAUUUUAUUUUAGGAUUCUUCUGGUUGAAUGCAGUCCCUCUGAAGUUGCCGUACUGUUUGAUGUUUUACUUCGAAGAGGGAGAAACCAUACUUCUAUGAAAUGUGUAGAUGCUGUCAAAUCUACAGAUCUGAAUCACACAUGGUCCUUCUUUUUUCAUUUCAUGAUUUUUAGUUUCAAAAAUACUCUGAAAUGCAUCCAUGAAUUGGCAUUAUGUUCACUGUACGCCCCAAAUUGGAAAUACUAUAGGGAUAGAUACUAUUCAGACCCAUUACCUUUUGCAUCUGGACACAAAAUACAGCAUUUUUGAAGUCCCACUUAAUACUUGAAUUGAUACAUUGUGAUGGAAAGUGAUCCUAGCCUGCUAAAGAAAUAUUAACUGUUGUUCUGUGUCGUGUGACAAUCAGGAGAAUUAGUGAUGAUUUCCUACUUGAUGUUGAUGCUAUGGUUUGCUGUGCGUUCAUGUUCUCGGACCCGUGUGGGUCUGUCCUGCUCUAUCAGUGUUCAGCUGAGCCUAACCCGGGCUACAAACCACUAUCAAGGCCAGACGUAUUCAGGUGUUUUCUGUGAAAACAGUGGCCAUUGUCUCUUGUGGGACUCGAUUUUCUUUUUCAUUUUUUUUGUUGAAUCCACUAUUUUCCCAUGAUUUUAUUUUGAUACAAGUCUGAUGAUUUUUUUUUUCUUUCUUUUUUUAUUUUUUCUAUUAUUGUUGGAGAGAUGUCUAUGUGUUAGAGCACCGCAUAAACACAAUAAAAGGCACAUUCAGAAAUGUAAGGUGUUUUUCUAAUUGUAAAUUAAUAAACGUUAUGAAAUUCA